GAGCCAACACUCGCCAGCAACCGACAGCAGAGGGAAGAAGAAGCCAGACCGCAGUAGGAACAGACUAGAGCCAGGAACACUACCAAAUGGAACACAUGUGGAUGACUACAAAGACGUGGCUGGCGUUGUUGCUGCUGCUGGGAGUGGCACAAACACAGGCCAAGCCCCAGGGAAAGAGUCGACUGCCCUCCUUCCUGACGGUGUGCUAUCGCGAUUUGCCAACGCUGAAUGAGUGCGCAAGAAAGUCCUUCAAGUCGUUGAAGCCCCGACUGAUGGACGGCAUACCGGAGAUGUACAUACCGCAAAUGGAGCCGCUGGUGGUGCCCGAGGUGAAAAUGGACCAGGAUUCGGGAGCCAUCUACCUGCACUCGGUGUACAAGAACGUCAAGAUCUCGGGCAUUUCCAAUCACACGUUGAACGAACUGCGGAUCGAGCCCAGCAAACUGAAGUUCAUCUUCUCGAUGACAUUCCCCGAGCUGCGCAUGGAGGCGGAGUACAGCAUAAAGGGAAAAAUCAUGAUGAUGCCGCUGCUGGGCGAUGGCCACUGCAAGGUGAAUCUGACAAACAUCACCAUGCAGACGGAGCUGUUUGGGCAAGAGUACCAGAAGAACGGGGCUACCCACCUGAAGAUCAUCAACGUGAAGGUGGAGUACACUCUGUCCGAUGUGAAAAUGCAGCUGGACAAUCUGUUCAACGGGGACGAGGCAUUGGGCAAGCGCAUGAACGACUUCCUCAACGAGAACUGGAAGUCGCUGGCCGAGGAGGUGCGCCCGCUGAUGACCAAGGCACUGGUGGACAUCAUGCGCGCCUCUGUCGACAAAAUGUUUGCCGAAUACAGCUACGACGAGCUGAUGCCCAAGAAGAACAAAUGAUCUAAGAUAUCGUAUAGCUAAGGAUUUAAUCGUAGUGCAAAAGUUAACCUAGCGAUAGACACACACGCUCCCGGUUGGAGGCGAAAUAAAUUAUCAUAAUAAUACGCUA